AUGGGUUUCCAAAAGAUCUACAAGCAGUUCUUUCCGCAAGGCGAUCCAUCUGAUUUCGCCUCGUUCGUCUUCAAGGUGUUCGACGAGAAUAAGGAUGGAGCGAUCGAAUUUCACGAAUUUAUUCGAGCCUUGUCCAUAACGUCACGGGGGAAUCUUGAUGAGAAAUUACAUUGGGCAUUCAAAUUGUACGAUCUCGACAACGACGGUUUUAUCACACGUGAUGAGAUGCUUUCGAUUGUUGAUUCCAUAUACAAAAUGGUUGGAUCGAGUGUAAAAAUUCCGGAUGAUGAGAGCACACCCGAGAAACGAGUCGAUAGGAUAUUCCGAAUGAUGGAUAAGAACAACGAUGCGCAACUUACAUUGGAAGAAUUCAAGGAGGGGGCCAAAGCAGAUCCGUCUAUUGUGCAUGCGUUGUCGUUGUAUGAAGGUUUAUCGUCAUGA